AUGGCAGCUGUCCUCUCCUCCGAGUACAGCAGUCAUUUCAUCUCGUCGUCGAUGCGCCGCUCACAGUCCCAGUCGAACUUGGUCGCCGCGCCGUCUUCGUACCGUCAGCCAAACUCCAACGUCCGCAGUCCGUAUGCGACUCCAUCCAAGUCAUACGCCGAAUCCGAUCACUCCUCCGCUCCUUCGUCGCCGCCCCCGGUCAUCCAGUCUGAAUCCACCGACAUUUCCUUUUCCUCGACACCAGCCAGCAAUCUCUCCAUAGCCUCCGAGUACGACGAAGCUCUCGCCCUCGACGAAGCCUCCGAAGACCACUUCAAUCCACCCCUUCUGUCCCAGGACAAGUUCUUCCUGCCGGCUGAUAUCCAGCAUGACGACAACCUCGAGCCGCCCCCGAGUCCCAAGACCGGGGAUUCCUACACGGUCUCUCCCGCUGAGCCCGACAACUCGGGCGUAGCCUCGGGCCCCGACACCCCCGAGUGCCUGGAACAUGCCGAGGACGACAGCGCCGUCUCAAGCAAACCCUCACGACAGGUGGACUACCUGUCUCAUGAGUGGAAGGAAGAGGACAUUUGGUCUUCGUGGCGGUACAUAAUAUCAAAGCGGGAUGAGUUCCCCAACAGCAAGCGCUUGGAGAACGCCUCUUGGAGGACAUGGAUGAAGGCCAAGAAUAACUUAAAGACGAUCUCGCCUGAGGAGCUAAAUUGGCUCAAGGAUUGCGACGUCACAUGGCUCUAUGGGCCCUUGCAGUCUGGAUCAAAUCGCCUAAAUCCGACUCAGACGGAGCCAUCAAGCUCAACCCUGUCCAAGUCGGAGUCACUAGUUAAUCUGAACAAGAAGCCCAUCCUCAAGAAGCGGAGCAUGUCGGAGCUCAUGCUACAGAGGUCCAUCACGGCCGCAUCACUCCUUAAGCAAGCGACGGCUGCUGUCCAGGCUCAGGAGACGAGGAAAAGCGCGCUGCGGCCCAACAUGUCGCGCGCCAACACGGACUGCUACGUCACCUACCCCCUCUCCACAAGAAGGUUGAGUCACGGGAACAACAGCUCCGUGGCCCAGUCAACGGACUCGUCCGGAGUCUCCUCCCCGUUCCCUGAGCGGAAACAUAUUCAUUUCAACGAGCAGGUGGAGCAAUGCAUCGCUGUUGAAGUUAAGGGAGACGAAGACGACGAUGUUGACAUGGAUCGGUACGACGAAGACAGUGAUUCUGAUGACGGCGUUAUGAUGAAGCGUGUAAAGGCCAAGAAGCGAGGCCCGUCAUCGAGGAGGAAAACGAAAAAGGCCGUCCAGCCCGAAGGGAAGACCAUUGCCAAACUCCCCUCGACGACACUCAAGUACCGGGAGGAUGCUCCGGAGCUGGACAGUGCGAUGAAGCAUAGCACGGGCGUCUACCGAAGUCCAAUUCUUUCGCCCUCAUCGUCUCAGGAGACUCUCCGGCCCACCAAGCAGCCUUCCCAUUUCUACUUUGGCGAAGAUGAUGACGACAUGGAAGACGCUCCCGAUGCCAGUGCCUUUGGCUGGCGAUCACCCCCCGGCAACGGCUUAUCUCGGUCUACGUCUACGGGGAGCCUGUGCGAUGAGCCAGCGGGGAUGCGCCGGACGCCCUCCGGCAUGUUCAUGCCAUGCGAGGAAGGGGACCCGGCUGCCGGAGACGGCAUUCUGGGUCGCGUCAUCGACACCGUUAAUACGGCACGGGACAUUGCGCAUGUCAUCUGGAAUGUCGGCUGGAGGAAGUAA